AACUUCUGUCGCCCAGUUCCCUUCCGGCAGAAAGACCCAGGGACGAGAGUGUGAAGUCAGACCUCACAGGGGCAAAAAGAAAGCCGUCCAAAGCCAGCUGGUCUGGCUUUGAGGAAAGCAAGGGAGACAGAAAGCAAAAGAGAGAGAGAACGUGAGAGAGGAAGGCAGAUAGAAAGAGAGACAGAGAACGAGAGAGAAAAUUAAAGUAAUGCAAGGGAAAUUAAAGUAAGAGUGGCACACCUGAGAAAGAUACCUGAGGAAGGCCUUAGCAGCAGGUUCUGUGAAGGUAACUGAUCGUCACAUGAAACAGGGUAUUUUACCCGAGGAGGAGAAAGCAUCAGGAAGCUCCAAGUAGAGAGACGCAUUGAAAGCAAAGGAAGAAAGAACGUAAAGAAGACUUGAGCUGGAUAUUUUGGGUCCAGGACUGAGGAUUGUGCUGCUUCGUUUGUUAGGUUUCACAGAUCGUGGUGUGGACACCUGAAGAAAAAGACGCAGCAAGAAAUAGAGUGAGAGAGAAAGUCUCGAGAAGAAAGAGUGGAGUAAAAUGUGCUAGGGGAGUGAAGGCAGACAAACUCUCGUGUUUUUCUGAUAUUCUCGGAGUGUCAGAGAGACCAAGCAGGACGCCAAGAUGGGACGGAAGAAGAUACAGAUCACACGGAUCAUGGAUGAGAGGAACCGGCAGGUUACCUUCACAAAACGGAAGUUUGGUUUGAUGAAGAAAGCUUAUGAGCUCAGCGUAUUGUGUGACUGUGAGAUUGCCCUGAUCAUAUUCAACAGCUCGAACAAACUCUUUCAGUAUGCCAGCACUGACAUGGACAAAGUCCUACUUAAGUACACAGAAUACAACGAACCCCAUGAGAGCAGAACCAACUCUGACAUUGUAGAGAAAUUAAGAAACAAAGGCCAUAUCGACUGUGCCAGUCCUGAUCCAGAUGACUGUUUCGGUCACAGUCCCCUCAUGGACGAUCGUUUCGGCAAACUAAAUGAAGAGAGUGAUUUAAUGUACAAGCGCUGUGGUGCGCUUAACAAGAAAGAACACAGAGGCUGUGAUAGCCCGGAUCCUGACGCUUCAUAUGUCCUCACCCCUCACACAGAAGAAAAAUAUAAAAAAAUUAAUGAAGAGUUUGAUAAUAUGAUGCGAAAUCAUAAAAUCCCGACGGCCUUGCCCCCGCAGAACUUCUCCAUGCAUGUGGCUGUGCCAGUGACAAACCCCAACGCAAUGUCCUACAUCCCCGGGGCCUCUCUGAGCAGCCAGAGCCUGUCGGCCGCCACUGCCUCUCUGAGUGACGGUGCCAUGCUGUCUCCUCCUCAGGGUUCCCUGCACAGAAACUUAGUGUCUGCCGGGGCCCCACAGAGGCCCCCCAGCACAGGCAGCACAGCAGGAAACGGCUAUGUUAACCCAAGGGGCUCACCGGGGCUUCUGGGUACACCCAGCGGGAACGGGCUUGGUAAAGUCAUGCCUGCGAAGUCACCGCCGCCACCGGGGGGCAACAUGGGCAUCGGUAGCCGCAAGCCAGACUUGAGAGUCGUCAUCCCACCAUCCAGCAAGGGCAUGAUGCCACCCCUGCAGUCGGAGGAGGAAGAGAUGGAGUUGAACACCCAGAGGAUAAGCAGUUCCCAGUCUCUGGCCACACCAGUAGUCUCCAUCACCACCCCGAGUCUGCCACCACAAGGCCUGGUCUACUCAGGCAUGCCCACUGCCUACAACUCUGAAUACUCCCUGAGCAGUGCUGAGCUCUCCUCUCUGCAAGGCUUUGGCUCUCCAGGGCUCUCUAUAGGCUCAGUGUCGGCAUGGCAACAGCAUCAACUGGGCCAGGCAGCUCUUAGCUCGCUGGUAGGUGGAGGUCACUUACCUCAGGGCUCAAAUCUCUCCAUCAACACCAGCCAGAAUGUCAACAUUAAAUCCGAGCCCAUCUCUCCUCCACGCGAGCGCAUCUCCCCGUCCGGCUUCCCACCCCAGCAGCAGCAGCAGCCUCCCUCCGGCCGUCCAGACAUGGGCCGUUCACCUGUCGACAGCCUCAGCUCCUCUUGCUCCUCGUACGACGGAAGCGACCGAGAGGAUCACCGGCCUGAUUUCCACUCCCCACUCGGUCUGGGUCGACCCCCGGCCUCUGGGGCCGAAGAGAGGGAGAGCCCCACGGUCAAGCGCAUGCGCAUGGACACCUGGGUGACAUAAAGCUGUCCGGAGCCUGACAGCCAGUCAGUCAGUCACACGCAGGGCUGGGCAGGGGGAAAGGGAGAGAGGAGUGACAGCAGGGAGGGUCAUUAUUGUUAUUAUUCUAUUGUUAUAAUUUAACGUAAUUUCACUUUUUUUUGUAAGUAGGUGGAUGGGGAAAGAAAUCAAAAAUGUCCUGGCAUAUCGAAAUUAAGCAGAUGAGUGGAGAGAGGGAAAAUCAAAAAAUCAAGCAGUCAGAAUGAAUGGUGUACUCAAAAACAAAACAAAAAAUAAUAAAAAAAAAACAGGUGUUAUCAGGUACUUGAUGCAAAUUGCAUUGUGCGAGAGUCCAAUGUAUGAAGAAAACAUUUUCGAUUUUUGUCAUCACUGGUGCAGUUUGACACUUGUAGCUGUUUUCGCUGUUGAAUUUGCAAACAAUCAAAGAAAGUUUAGGGGCGGCUUUCUUUCUGAAGGCUCCUGCCUGCUGGGCUCAUGUAUUAAACAAUCUGUAUCUGCACUCGCCCUUAUAUGAAGUAUGUCACUUAUUAAUUUAUUUUAAGGUAUUUGAUGAUAGAUUUGGAUCAGUUUUACGAGGGAUGGCUUGUAUCUAAAAUGAGAUCACAUUUCACCUCAGUUAAGACAUUAAGUGAAAGAAAUGAAUAUGUCUCUAAAUUAAUAAUAGUCGUUGAUUACAUUUUCAGUCCUUCUAUUUGCGUUUUUAACAAAUGGGAAAAGAACAGGUAGCCCAGUCAACUUAGAGACGAUAGCAAGUCAUUUUACAUUCAUGCAGCUCCAACAACUCAAUGGUAACGCAAGCCAAAGCCUCUAUGUAAUUUUGUCGUACUGUAGGUUGGGAAUUUUCAGCAUUUCUCUCUCGAUGUUUGUUUCAUAUUAGUUCUGUCAUAGUGUGCGUUGUUACAAGCAUUGGAAAACGAUUAACAUGCAAAGCAGAUCUUGAAAUGAUAUCUAAAGCCAUGAACACUUGCUGUUCUGUUUGUAAAUUAAAGAUUUGAGCCAAACCUUUUUCUUUUGUUAUGUACAUAGCAACUUUAAUAUAUAUCACUUUUGGUGUAAGUACGUAUGUAUUGUACCUUCACCAGAUUCAAGAAAAAAGUAUAUUUUUGUGGAUUACUGCCAAGUUUACAAGGCGAGAUCCUUAUUAAGUAGAGUAUUCACUGGUUAAUAUUUACUAUUUUGUUAACUAUACUGUACUUUCUUCAAAUCUGACUAUUAUUGGUAAUAAUCAAAGUGUUUUUUCUUUUUUUUUUCUUUUCCAAGGUCAUUUUUGGGUCGUUUACCCUUUAAUGGUGGUGAAUGUCUGUCCAUAAGAAAUUGUAACAACAGAGCUGUAUGAUUUAAGCUCAGCUGUCUUUAUUUUGUUUUGUAACGAUACUCGUCGUGCUAAGAAAAAAAUAUGGUUGCAUUUCUUACAACUGUUUUGUGAGGGAUUAGCCUGCAGCUGCUGAAUACACUGCCUACUUUAACCCAUCACGGUUUAGAUGCACUAUUCAUUGAUAUCCAGUAGAAGACACAUUUCUCUUUACAGAAACAAACCCCCAGUUUGUAUAAAAAGCUAAUUUCUUUCAAACCCUAAAUUCAUUUCAACCAAAUCCCUCAUAUAUUGUAAAUACCAUAACUUUAGGUAACCCUAAUACAUACAUGCAUACUAUGUAACGGAAUACCUUUCCAGUUAUUUUGUGAAUUGGCUCAUCUACAUCUACAUUUCCUAAUGUAAAGUAGACACCUUAAGGAGGCA